CUCCCUUUGUCCCUAUGCGCCCCGCGUCUACACCAGCGGUCAGGAAGAGCCGAAGUUGGCCGAGUCGCGCGACCGAUGGCACCCGAUGCCGGCUCACUGCGAGACAUCACGUAGCCGGUGUUGCUAGGUGCUCCGGUGGGGUUGUCCAGUGGAUGGUGGUGGGGAUAAGGAUAUAUAAGGGCCUUCACACCAGCCGGCGAAUCAGUUGAGUGAGAAAGCGAGGGGUAUGUGCGACGAUUAAAUCGUGAUUAUUUGGAACAAUAAAAGUAACCGGCUUCGGUGAAUAAUUUGAGAGAUUUUUCGAGAAGACCAUUGACGGCUGUUGACAUCGAUUUAUUAGAAUUAUUCAAUUUAUUGCUGUGACAACGGGAUCGUUGUCGGUUUAUUAUCAUUUCUUCAUUUCGGUUAUUACUGGUGUUUCUGUGAUUUCUGGUCAGAGACAAUGGAGGUUUUAUCGUGCCCUGUUAAUGUCAAUUUCAGUAACAGUAGAGCUGGAUAUGUGACUGACGAAUUGGAUGGUGCCUGUCAGGCACUUGCCAAGAGACUCGAGGUCGAACUACGGGCAGCUAAACAUGCUCAGUUGACAUGUGGCGAGGUAUUGUUGCCGGCUGAUCUCCUACCCAGAAUAGCUAAAGAUGUUCUGACAAUGGCAGAGAACGAACCCUGUGGCCUUAGAGGUUGUACACUCUUCAUUAACUUCGAAACAGACAGUAUGUGUCGAAGGCUAUCGAGAAUACAGUGCGAUCCAAACACAGUAUCAACAUUCGAACUCUAUUUAACUCUUAAACAGGACCACACAUCGUGGCACAUACUCCUCCCGCAGUUCCUCAAAAAUCUCACCCGCGGCGGAACGAUAAUGAUCAGCCGUGAUUUCACUCUGGAGAAGAAAAAACUCUACAGAUCCUAUCAACAGGAGCAUUGAAGUAGUUACGUAUCACGGUUGAAAAACACAAGUAUUCGGAGGAAAAAAAAACUAUAAAAUAUGGUUCGUCCUUGUUUUAACCAUAAAAAAAUACAAAAGCAUGUCUGAUCAUGGGCAUUGUCUACCCAGUGACUCAUCAAGACAGCACGUGAGACUCAACAUUUCAAUAUUGAAGUGAUAAAGAUGAAAAAUGUAAGUUUGAUUCUUCAAUCAACAUUACUGGCUUCUGGAAUAUCGUUUUUAUUCGAUUAAUCGAAUGAUUGAAAUUUAAUUGUAAGAGUAAUCAUGAUAUUAGGGGUAGGGGAGAGAUAUUUCAACGUUGAGAAAAAAAUAUUUCGUGCCUCGAAUUCAUUUUAUUUAUUUUCUAUUUUUAUUUUGAGGUAAAGAGAAGUGCAUUGUGAUAGCAAUUUCAAUGGAUAAAUGAUUUAAAAAAAUACAAAUUUUAUGUAGUCAUAGUCAGUACGCUCUUCUAACAAGAGAUAUAUCAUCGUUGGUGGAAAUGCGUCAGUGAGACUUGUGAGAAAGAAAAAUAUAAUUACGAUAAUAAAAUCGGGAAAUCAUUUACCACGUGAUAUUCAAGUGUUUGAAGGGGAAGGGAGGAGAAAAAUGCAAUUGCAAAUUGAUGAAAGUUCUAUCGCAUUGAGCGAGAUAUAUGAUAAAUCCAUCUGUUUUUCACGAAUGAUUAAGGAGCAGUUAUUUGCAGAACAUGAGCAACGACGUAUUUACAUUAGAUAUACCAAUACACCAAUAUUCAUGAGGGAGUCACUGCACACCAUUGAAUGUGCAUACAUUAGUCUCAGCUGCUCAGCUGAAACACUCGUUCUUUCAAGAUUUUUUUUCUUCGUUUCGUUCGAUUUGCAAUGUUUUUUUUUCAUUAUCGCAUUGAUCUUUUUUUUUACUACUUUUGUACUUAGAUAAAUUGACACUAGAAAAUGCAUUUUUACGUCAUUAUUUUGCCAUACAAAUUGCACGAUCUAGAGGCGAAAGGAAUUGGUGAAAUUUUUCGUUUCUAUCUGCAGAUUUUUUUUUACAUUGAUUUGUUAAUUAGAAUAUCGAGAAACGUGGCAGUUGAAACACAUUGAGUGGGUCAUUUUAAAUUACUUGAAAAUGAAUGUAAUGCCAAAUUGAAUUGGUGAUUUUUUGCGAUAUUACCUGAAUUAAAAAACAAAACAAAUUUAUGAAAUAAAUGUAAAUUGUGUGAUGAUUGAUCAUAAAAAUAAGGAAUUUUAGCUGAUUGGUGUGUCGUUCUGAUAAAUUACACGAAAAUUAAAUUUAUCCUAUUGAUAUUAAGAGUGAGGUUUCAUAUAAAAUUCAGUAAAUGGCACGAACGCACAGGCAAUCGUGGAUUGCGAAUUUUUCGGUAAAUGAAUCAUCCAAUAUUUGCAUUGAUAAGUUUUUAACUUGUAAAGAAUAAAUGCAUGUGAUCUUCAUUAAUACAUAAGUAGUCGUUAGACAGAGUAUAAAAAAAGCUAUGAUUACGUUAUAUUUUAUACUGAGUUGAAAAAUAUAGAGUCAAGAGAGAGAGAAAGAGAGAAAAGAAAUAAGAAAAUGAUAUAAAAAUAUGUAUUUAAUUUUUUCACGUAGUUAAUAAUCAAUUGAGUAUAUUCGUCCGAGUAAUUAGACAGUUUUGUUUAGAAACCUAACUAAUAAAAGAUGAAUCUGUAUCAUACAUAUCCCACCGAUGUUACACUCGUAAUUGUCUGUAAAUAAUCGCAAACACAAAUUUCAUUUCUCCAUUGAAUUCAUUUUAGCCGUUAUUGCAAUUUCAAGUAUUGAAUCAAUAGAUUAAUCGCAAUAAAUUCAUGACAGUAUUGUUUAUAUUUCGCACCAAGCUUCUAGUUAACUGAUUAAACAACUAUCAGACCAGACAAUUGCCACUGGCAAUUGUUCAAACCAAUAACUGAGUAAAUAAGAUUAUAAAGAACCAUAAACAAUUUAUUACAAUGUAAUAAUUAUCGACUUUUGCAAUAUAUAUUUUGUAUUAUGAACUACACCACUAUGUGAUGCUAUUUUUAAUUCGUAAUGUUCACUUGUAGGAAUUUUCAAGUGCUGAAAGACAUUUGAUGAAUAAAUUUUGUUUAUUAUGAUGAGAAAAAUAAA